UUCCAGAAAGGGCUUGAAUUGGAGAUUUUUCUUCGAUUUGGGGAGAUAUCACUUAAAUAUCUAAAAUCUAUUGAUCAUGAUUUCAUUCUAUUUCUAUAUUUACUUUUUGGGGAUCAUUGGUUUCUUAAAGCAUAGAUCGAUCAAGCCCUAGAAAUGUUUACGGGUGAGGUUACUAUCGAUUAAGAUUCUUUAGCCGACAAAAGAUUCUUUAUGAUUGUUUUCUAAAUGCAUCAAGUGCAGGUUAAUGAAGAAGCCAGUGAUAAGGUACUAGAAAUUGAACAACAUUACAAUGGAAAACGAAGGCCAGUCUAUGUUAAGCGCAACCAGAUCAUCAAAACUAUUCCCGACUUUUGGUUGACUGCCUUCAUGACCCAUCCUGCACUUGGUGAUUUUCUGACUGAUGAAGACGAAAAGAUCUUUAAGUAUAUAGACUCUCUUGAUGUGGAAUACUUCAAUGAUGUGAAGUCGGGAUACUUUAUCACAUUCGAGUUUAAACCGAAUCCAUAUUUUGAAGACACGAAGCUGGUAAAGACCAUUGCUUUCUGUGACGAAGGAACCAUGAAGAUAACGGGUACAAAUAUCAAAUGGAAGGAGGGGAUGGGUUCCGCUAAUGGAGUUGAUCAUGGGAAAACAGGGAACAAACGCCCGGCACCAGAAGAGAGCUUCUUCAGUUGGUUCAGUGAAACACACCAAAAAGAAGGUGGAGGGUUGAUUCGCGAUGAGGUAGCAGAAAUAAUCAAAGAAGAUCUGUGGCCAAAUCCUCUAAAAUAUUUUGGGAAUGAUGCCGAUGAAGAACCUUCUUUAGAAGAUGAGGAUGAAGAGGAAGGCAAUGAUGGGGAGAAAUGAAAGCUGCGUUUGCUUGUAUCAGAAUGAUACUUAAUAUGAGUUGAAAUAUGCAGCGAUACAGUAACUAGGAUUGCUAGUAGCUAUCUAGCAACGUUAAAUCGACUCCUAAUACCCUAUGAAGUUGCUUAUGGAUGUCCUAAAGUUUGCUUUUGUUUAUAUUUGCUUGUGUUUUGAUUGUUUUCUAUACAUGUAGAGUGUUGAUGCUGGGUUUUCUGCUGAUAUAGUGACCGAAAGGGUCAGGUCUGGACUGAUUGGACCAAGACCAUACCUGUGAGCUAGGGACAAUGUUGAACCAUUGUGGACAAUAGCCAUCAUAUUAGUUUCUUUAUAGGUAUUUGGGUUAUGAGUCU